GACCAAAGCGAAAACUCUUCUUAAAAAAUCUAAAUCAGACCAAAGAACCAGAGGAGCGGGAGAGAGCGCUGGAGCAUGUGUCCUGCGUGGCUAUUGGUCGCUGUGGUGGUGGGCGGGUUCUCGGGAGCUGUCAGUCAGUGCUGGGACCAUCCGAGCUGCCAGGACCUGGACUCCAACCUCGAGGAGUGCGUCCAGGUGUGUCGCUCUGAUUUGUCGGCUGAGGCGCCCGUCAUUCCAGGCCCCGCCCACCUACAGGCCCCACCCCCUCCACUCUCAGACGCUUCCCUCCUGCUGGAUGACUCCACCCCUCAGGCCAAACGCUCGUACUCCAUGGAGCACUUCCGCUGGGGCAAACCUGUAGGACGCAAACGCCGCCCAGUCAAAGUCUACACUAACGGCGUGGAGGACGACUCUGUGGAGCUUUUUCCCGGUGAAAUGAAACGCGCCGUGGCCAAUCAAGAGGAGGCGGGGCUAAACCAGGAAAUGCUGCUAAUGGAGAAUGAUGCCGGGGCGGAGUCUGGCAGCGUGGGGGCAGAGUCUGGCAGCAUGGGGGCGGUCCUUAGCGCUUUGCAGCAAAAGAAAAACAGCGGAGGAGGAGCGUACAAAAUGAAACACUUUCGCUGGAGCGGUCCUCCUGAAUCCAAACGCUAUGGAGGAUUUAUGAAGAACUGGGACGAACGCAGCCAGAAACCACUGCUCACGCUGUUUAAGAAUGUCAUCAACAAGAAUGGACAGCCACAGGUGUAGAGGACGAGAGGAGGAGAGGUGGGAGGAGGAGAGGAAGACAGGAAAGAGGAGGAGAGGGUGAGAGGGGGGAAAGGGAGAAAGAAGAGAGGGGAGGAAGCCAUUUUGGAGAGGUCAAUCUGAAACCCAACAGCCAAAAAGUCUAUAACAAGGGUAUCCAAACUACAGCCCGGGGUCCAAAUGAGGCCCUCAGACCAAUAGUUCUUGGCCCUCAGCCUUUCUGCUAUAUUGGCCUAAAUGAUCACAGGCAAGUGUUUUCUGCAAAAGUCCUAAAAAUGUUGCAUAUAACAGGAAUAUUACAGCAUUGUCCUCCCCAACAUGGCAGAACGUGACGGGAGAGAGAACUGAAAGGGUGGCCAUUUUGGAGAGGUCAAGCAAAAACAUUUAAAAAGACAUUUAAAGAGAACACUGGAGGUACAAAUAUAUGAUAGUACUGGAUUGCCCUACACAACAUGGCAGAAUGAGACAGGACUAAGAAAAUAGUCAUUUUGGAAAGGUCAAGCCAAAACAUUUAAAAGGGACAAUAAUGUCUUAAUAAUAGUACAGCAUAGCCUCAUACUAAACUCGCCUGUAUAAAAGCAUAUCUCUGUUACAAGGACCACACACAAUCAGAUUACAGGAUGGAAAGCUCUAUAAAGAUUUGAAAUGAAAGAUAUAUUUCAAUAAUUUGGUUUAGCCUAGAUUCUGAUCAUUAUUUACAUCUUUAUUCCUAAAUAGAUUAGCUUUCCACAAUUGAGUGUGACCAUCCCAAUAUGGCGCCCAAACCCCCUUACAGCUUACAGAAAAAGUAAGUCAUCACCAAAAGAUUUUAAGUUUGACAGUUCCAAAAUAGCGUCCAGCCAGAGAGCAGAUUCUCCUCUGGAACAGUCCAUGAUGAAGAGAUUUUCAAGAAAAGUGGAUUUUUUUAGCCUAUAAAAGUUGAAACACUUGAAUGAAGAUGUUUUGAUAUUUAUUACUUUAUGUAAAUAAAUGUAAAAUAAUAAAACUGAAGGAUUUGCAAAAGAACACACUGCCUGUUUCUGUUUGAUUCAGUCGUCUGGGUUUAAACUCUCGAAGAAUCCAAAAUAAAAGAUGAACUAUUACAUUAUUACAC